CAGUCUUAGCACAGUCCGGUCAACUGAGGGAGUAUGGGCUGUGUAGCUUCUGGUGCCCUGUGACCUCCGGGAGAACCACAGGGGAAGGCAGCACCAGCUAUCCAAUCAGAUACACGGUGAGCGGAGCGGAAGUUCUUCACCCGCCUUCAUUUUUCCUGGCGCAGGCAUACCAACAGUGUUAUCUUGUCACCUGAAGGAAUCUGGGGCAGCUUAACCUUGGUGGCCCUGCGACCACCGAGCCCGGGAGUCUCAGUGAGCCCAGGCGCGGACAUGGAGUCUUUGACCUUUGAGGAUGUGGCUGUGAACUUCACUCUGGAAGAGUGGGCUUUGCUGGAUCCUUCCCAGAUGAAACUCUACAGAGAUGUGAUGGAAGAAAACUUCAGGAACCUGACUUCUAUAGGACAAACACAGCAGGGCCAGAACAUUGAAGAUAACUACAAAAAUUCCUGGAGGAAUCUAAGGUAA